UGAGCCAAUUUUCCAAUUAUCCGAUUAUAAAUUUACAGUUUUUGGGUCACCCGUAAAGAAUAUCCCCUGAUUUCUUAAUUUUUUUUAUAUUAUUAAGAAAAAAAAUUUAAUUUGCGGUUAUUACACUGAGAUAUUUCUUGGUCGUAAAAUGAGAUGAUCGGACUGGAAUCGUGAAGGCAAAACCGAGCUCGGAAUUUCGCGGAAAUUAAGGAAGCGAAUUUUGGGAAGUGUCGAACCGAUGUCGUCGCCGGACAUUGCAGGAAUUCUGGACAACUCGAAGGAGCUUGAUCGGUUAAGGAAAGAGCAAGAGGAAGUUCUUACUGAGAUCAAUAAGAUGCACAAGAAGCUUCAAGCUACUCCUGAGGUGGUUGAGAAGCCUGGAGAUAAUUCCUUAACUAAGCUGAAGAAUUUAUAUGCUCAUGCUAAGCAGCUUUCGGAAGAUGAAGUAGGUGUUUCUAAUUUGUUGUUGAGUCAACUCGACACCCUGCUUCCUUCUGGACCUCCAGGCCAGCCACGGCGAAGGAUAGAAGGUAGCGAUCAGAAGAGGAAGAGAGUGAAAAACGAGUCAGAUAUUUCAAGACUCUCUGCUUCCAUGCGAAGCCAACUCGAAACUUUUGCUAGUCUAAAGGGGGAGCAGGUAGCAGCCAAGGUCAAUCCAGGAGAUGGUGAUAAGGACGAGUGGUUUGUUGUUAAAGUGAUUCAUUUUGACAAGGAAAAAAAAGAGUUUGAAGUACUAGAUGAGGAACCCGGUGAUGAUGAAGAGAGUACUGAUCAAAGUUCUCUUCUCAGGAAGUACAUGGUGCCUAUGUCAUCUAUUAUUCCUUUUCCCAAGAGAAACGAUCCUUCUAGUGCCCCGGAUUUCCCACCCGGAAGACAUGUUUUGGCGGUCUAUCCAGGAACAACUGCACUCUAUAAGGCUACUGUGGUAAAUGGCCACCGCAAGAGGAAGACGGAUGAGUAUUUGUUGGAAUUCGACGACGACGAGGAAGACGGCUCCUUGCCUCAGAGGACUGUGCCCUUCUAUAAUGUGGUUGCCCUGCCAGAAGGACAUCGGCAGUGAUUUUUGUUGUUUGUAAUAAGUUUAUGAUUCGUGUAUAAAAAUUGAAGAAUCUACUGCCCAUUAUUGUAAGGACUAAGACCUCCUUUACCACGCCUCAGUGUUUGUUUAUUUUCUUGCUUAGCAAUAACACUGCAUUAUCCCACAUUUGAAAACUUAGGAAUUUUUCA